AUGAAGAUAGUCACCAAAUGGAAACUUUGCACGGUUUGCCUGAACGAGCACAGUGGGCAAUGCCGUUUCAAGAUUCGGUGCGACGUAGAUGAUUGCAGAGAAUUGCACAAUCCGCUGAUCCAUCCGGCCACAACGGCAGUUGGCAUGCACGCGCACAUCAAGCCCAGCGGUACAAUGAUGUUCCGGAUGAUUCCAGUUAUGAUUCACUGCGGAGAAAAAUCGCUGGCUGUGCUUGCAUUCCUAGACGAAGGAGCUUCCAUCACGCUGAUAGAGACCGAGUUGGCUGAUCGUCUGGGGCUAAACGGAGUGAAAGAAAAGCUAGUUCUCAACUGGACUGCGGACGUUUACCGAGUCGAGAAGAACUCCAGGCGAAUGAAUCUGUGGACUUCCGCUGUAGAUAAAGAGAAUCCGGAGAAGACUUUGCUGAGAUCGGUGUAUACAGUCGACAAGCUAAGACUACCGCACCAGACGCUCAAGGCUGAUGAACUGUCGGCGCAGUACGAUCACAUGCGGGGAUUGCCGAUCAGUUCGUAUGAUGGUCGACCUGGAAUUCUAAUUGGGCUAAGCAACAUUCACGCCUUUGCUCCUCUGGAAGCGAAGAUAGGCACUACGAGCGAGCCAAUUGCAGUACGGUGUCAACUCGGCUGGACGGUGUACGGGCCGCGACGAGCAUCUUCUGAAUCGCAGGGCAACUAUCUAGGCUACCACCAACAGGUAUCCAACGAAGAUCUUCACGAUCUCCUCAAAAACCAUUACGCACUCGAAGAAUCCGUGGUACGAGUGCACCAGGAAUCGGCUGAGGAUAAGAGGGCUCGGUCGAUCCUAGAGCAGACUACGAAACGCGUAGGGGACCAUUUCGAGACGGGGCUCCUCUGGAUCCAGGACGACGUGAGCUUCCCGGACAGCUACCCUAUGGCGUUGAAGCGGCUCAAGCAGUUGGAGAGAAAGCUGGAAAGGUCGCCGGAAUUGUAUCAAAACGUUCGAAAGCAGAUCGAAGAAUAUCAAACCAAAGAAUAUGCCCAUGAAGCCACCGAAGAAGAGCUGCGUAUUGCGGAUCCCAAAAAGGUGUGGUAUCUCCCGCUGAAUGUGGUGCUGCAUCCGAAGAAGCCUGACAAAGUUCGACUCAUCUGGGACGCUGCGGCGAUGGUCCAAGGAAUCUCCCUCAACUCCAUGCUGCUGAAGGGGCCGGACCUACUAGUGCCGCUGGUGUCAGUGCUUCUCAACUUCCGGGAGCGACGGAUUGCUUUCGGUGGAGACAUCCGCGAGAUGUACCAUCAAAUGAAGAUGAUCGCCAAGGACAAAUCCGCCCAACGGUUCCUGUUCCGAAACAACAGCGCAGAAAAGCCGAAAGUGUACGUCAUGGACGUCGCCACGUUUGGGUCGACGUGCUCGCCUGCAUCAGCACAGUACGUCAAGAACCGGAAUGCGGAGGAGCAUGCCGGUCAAUUCCCGGAAGCAGCGAUGGCCAUCAUCAAAAGGCACUAUGUCGAUGACUACUUCGACAGUGUCGACACGAUUGAGGAAGCGGUAGAACGAGCGAAACAGGUGAGGUUUAUCCAUAUGCGAGCCGGGUUUGACAUUCGAAACUGGGUGUCGAAUUCGCUGGAAGUUCUGACAGCGUUAGGGGACGCCAAACCUGGGGGAGCAGUUGUUUUCAACCAAGAUAAGCAGAAGUCCAACGAACGGGUUCUUGGGGUAAUCUGGGAGCAAGAAAAUGACGCCUUUGCCUUUUCUGCGACUCCCCGGCCGGAAAUGCAAGCCUAUUUGUGCGGUGAAAAGCGGCCUACAAAGCGAAACGUUCUAAGCUGUGUUAUGGGGUUUUUCGAUCCAUUGGGGCUACUGUCCCCAUUCACGAUUCAUGGCAAAAUGCUCGUCCAACAUCUCUGGCGAAGUGGCUGCGAAUGGGAUCACCAAAUCGAUGAACGCGGUUGGAACCAGUGGCAGCAGUGGAUUGGAUUGCUUCCAAAAGUCGAGGAAUUACGAAUUCCACGAUGUUAUCUGGGUGAUGCUGAAUCUUCGUCGGUAGAGUCCCUCGAGCUGCACAUCUUUACGGAUGCGAGCGAGCACGCUUAUGGCUGCGUGGCAUACCUAAGGUCGGUCGUCAAUGGAGAAGUGAACUGUAAUCUGGUCAUGUCUCGCGCAAAAGUAGCGCCGCUAAAGCGUCAGUCGAUUCCCAGAUUGGAACUGAUGGCUGCCGUCCUCGGCGCUCGAUUGAGCCGAACCUUUUUGGAAACGACUACGUUGUGUAUUGAUUGCACCACUCUGUGGACCGACUCCCGAACUGUACUGUCGUGGCUACAGUCAGAUCAAUAUAAAUAUAAGCAGUUCGUUGCAUUUAGAGUUGGUGAGAUUCUGGAACUAACCAACAUGAGAGACUGGCGAUGGGUACCGACCAAGCAGAACGUCGCGGAUGUUCUCACCAAGUGGGGUCGAGGACCUCCAUUGCAGAACGAGUCGGAUUGGGUGAAUGGUCCAACGAUGCUGUAUCAACCGCGCAAUCAGUGGCCGGUAAUUGAACCAAGCGAAGAUACCAGCGAGGACGUGAGAGGUCUAAUGAUGUUCCAUGAAGUGGUCGAUGUGAGCGCUGUUUCAGGUUGGACGAAAUUGGUACGGGUGACCGCAACGGUGGUACGAUUCAUCUUUAACUGUCGCCGUAAAAUAGCCGGCGAGCCAAUCGUGACUUCGCAGGCUACGAAGCAUCAUCGUCCGCUAAUCAGAGCAAAACAACCAGCAAUUCAGCAACCCCUUCAACAAGAAGAACUUCGGCAUGCGGAAACCAUUCUCUGGAAACAGUCGCAAUUCGCCAGUUUUCCGGAGGAGAUGAGCAUCCUCACAGCGAAUCUCGAGCUAGAAACGGGACAACCACCGAAGAGAAUCGAGAGGUCCAGCGUUUUGUACAAACGUUCUCCAAUUCUGGACGCGGAAGGUGUGCUGCGAGUACGAGGAAGAAUGGAGACCAAUGAAACGAUCCCGUUCGACAAGAAAUUCCCGAUCAUCCUAUCGGGGAGACACGAGAUAACCCAAAAACUGAUCCUGCAUUACCACGAGAAGUUCGGGCAUGCUUACAGGGAGACCGUAUUCAACGAACUUCGUCAGAAGUUUUGGAUCCAGAACGCACGUACAGCAAUUCGACGAGCAACCGAGACUUGCGUGUGGUGCAAGGUAAAUCGAUGUGUUCCGGCUGCUCCCAUGAUGGGACCGUUACCCGUCCAUCGUACCACUCUUCACCUACGGCCUUUCAGUGCGGUAGGAGUCGACUAUCUAGGACCAGUUGAGGUAAUCAUAGGUCGCAGAACGGAGAAAAGAUGGGUGGUGGUCUUCACAUGUAUGGCUGUGAGGGCCGUGCAUUUGGACGUGGUUUACAGUCUGAGCACGGAGUCCUGCCUGAUGGCCAUCAAACGGUUCUCGAGCAAGCGAGGCAUUCCCGACCACAUCUUUUCCGACAACGCCACGUGUUUCCACGGAGCGAACACCGUAAUGAAGAAGGAAAUUGAGAAGAUACAUAAAGAGUGUGCGGAAAGAGUCACUUCGUCCACCACAGCGUGGCAUUUCAACCCUCCCAGUACACCACACAUGGGCGGUGUCUGGGAGCGAAUGGUACGGUCGGUCAAAGAGGCACUGCGGGUCCUGGACGACGGGCGGAAGCUGACCGAUGAGAUUCUCAUCACGGCUUUGGCAGAAGCUGAGGAUAUGAUUAAUACCCGACCAUUAACUUACAUUCCACAGGAGUCCGCUGAUGAAGAAGCUAUAUCACCGAAUCACUUCAUAAGAGGAACGGUGACCAAGGAAGAUGCAGUUUUGGACAACCCAGAUCAAUACUAUGAAACCCUGCGCAACAUGUAUCAACGGUCGCGGUGCCUGGCCAGCAAGUUUUGGGAACGGUGGUCGCAGGAGUACUUGCCCACUCUCAAUCAUCGCCCGAAAUGGUUCGAGGAUAGGAAGCCUCUGGAGGUCGGAGAUCUGGUGUUCAUUGUGGAAGGAAAGAACCGGAAGCAGUGGAGACGAGGACGCGUACAAGAAGUCGUCAAGGGAGCAGAUGGAAGGAUCCGGCAAGCGGAUGUAAGGACGGCUGAUGGCAAAGUGUAUCGACGAGGUGUGGCGAAUCUGGCGGUGAUGGAGAUACAGGAUGGUAAAUCCGGAAGGGCUGGAGGCUCUACCGGAUGUUACGGGCAGGGGACUGUUCACAUCACCGGGUAUUGACUGUAGCCAGUCGGAGUAAUCGGCGAGUACCGAUUUUCGUGUGGCUGAUAGAAUGACAGUUGCUGAUAUCUGUCAAGACGACUCAAAAGUGGAAGUGAACUGUCAGGGGAAUAAUAGGAGAAGAAGAAGAAAAGAAAUAAUAACAAACAAAAAAAAAGGGUUUUGUAAGAUUCUGCAAACGGGAAAUUUAUUAAAUAUAUUUCGAUCGAAACAGUGUUAGGAGUGAUAAGGUGGAUAUAUCGGUGGGCCAAGUUUACCUCCGCGCCUUACGUAGCACACUGGAUUGAUUUGAAUUCAAUAAUAGGAAAAGUAAGCAGUAGGAAGAGUUCAGGAAGGUUAAACGUCGUAAGGGAAUGGAGACUAUUUUUAGUAAGUGGUGCAAAUGCAGGGUGUAAACAAAAUAUUAAUUAAUAAAUAUAAUUUCAGUUUUGAGCCACUCCAAAAGUGUUGCUGUGGAAAAUUUAGUUAUCCGAACAGUCGGGUUCGUUCUUAAGUGCUUUGAAACGCUUCGUGGCACGUCGCGGUCGCGUAACUGACGUGUACUGCGACAAUGCAAGCACUUUUGUUGGUGCGAAUCGUCAGCUGCAAGAGCACAGACAGCUAUUCGAUGAGCUGCACCGUUCUGAAGAUCUCACAAACAAGUGCACCAAAGUGGGAAUUAACUUCCACUUUAAUCCAGCUCGGUCUCCGCACUUUGGAGGGUUGUGGGAGGCCGCCGUUAAGUCCUUCAAGCACCAUCUGUAUCGCAUCAUGAAGGAUACUCUCCUCACUAUCGAGGAAUUCAACACCUUGAUUACCCAGAUUGAAGGAAUCAUGAAUUCAAGGCCUCUCACACCCCUGUCAUCCGAUCCUGCUGACGUUGUUGCUCUCACUCCGGGGCACUUGUUAGUUGGAGAGCCGUUAUUCCAGAUUCCUGAGCCUGAUCUCUGCGAAACUCCUAUUAAUCGCCUCACUUC